AUGUCUGGAGAUAACCUCUCAUGCCUUCUUUACGGCCCAGGGCAGGUCAAAUUUGAACAUCGGCCAGUUCCCGAGAUCACUGAUGCCUACGAAAUUAUCAUCCGCAUCGCCUAUGUUGGUGUCUGUGGCAGCGAUGUCCACUUCUGGACGCAUGGAGGCGUUAGCCGAAAAGUCUCACAUGAAGCACCCCUCGUCAUGGGCCAUGAAGCUUCAGGCAUCGUGCAUGAGGUCGGUUCUAAAGUCGUCGCAUUCAAACCUGGCGACCGCGUGGCUAUUGAGCCCGGGUUCCCGUGCAGGCGCUGCAAGCUCUGCAAGGCUGGAAGAUACAACCUCUGUCGUGGCAUGAAGUUUGCGGCGGACCCGCCUGCUACUCACGGCACCCUGACUCGGCUAUUCAAGAUCCCUGCGGACUUUGCGUAUAAAAUCCCGGACUCCCUCAGCUUACAGGAGGCCGUCAUGGUCGAGCCGUUCAGCGUUGCCAUUCAUGGAGUCCGCCUUGCCGGUCUAGAGCCAGGGCAAGCAGUGUUGGUGCAAGGGUCAGGCACAAUCGGUCUGCUGUCGGCUGCAGCUGCAGUUGCUUACGGCGCAGGCUCGGUCAUGGUCGUGGAUAUCAAUCAGAAGAAACUCGACUUUGCUAGGACUUUUGUCGAAUGCAAGACGUUCAUCCCUGAUGCUUCGUCAACGCCAGAAUUAAACGCGGAGAAGCUCAAGGAUGUUGCUGGCCUAGAAGACGGAUUCAAUGUAGUUCUGGAGUGUACUGGAGUAGAGUCUUCGGCUCAGACUGGUCUUUUUGCAUCGGCAGCUGGCGGAGUCUUUGUUCAGAUUGGAAUGGGCAGGCCAAAGCAAAGUCUUCCACUACUGGAUAUGUGUGAGAAGGAGGUCACACUGAAGACAGCAUUCCGGUACGGACCCGGCGAUUACGAGCUUGCAUUGAAACUACUGGCGGCGGGGAAACCCAAUGUCAAACCCCUUAUAAGCAGCACAUCACCUUUCCACAAUGCUACUGAAGCUUGGGAGAAAACGAAGAGAGGGGAGGGCAUUAAGAACUUGAUUCAGGUUGCACAAGACUAA